GAUUGCCACGUUAGCUAAACAAUGUUAGCUUCGUCCAGCAGCAGCAGUUUGGCGCCACUUCGAGGCUGACGGGAAAGACAUUAUCAAAGACAACAGAUCGCUAGCCGAGGCUUGCAUCAUUCAUCCAAAAGGUAUUUUAGUUUAGAGAAAAUGGAUACAAUCACACAAGAAGAUUACAGUCCAAACACUGGGGGAGAACUUACUUCACCCUUUCCCCCAAAACGACCCAGGACAGACUGUACACACAACAUCGAUGGCAAAACCAGUUUUGCAUUUCCAGAACUUGUGACGUAUUGGAAAACGAUCGGCUCCUCAUCAUCGACAAGUACCUGGCGGGGAAAUGCCGGCUUAGUAUGCGUAGCAGAAGGUGGUGAUAUGGAAGAUGGAAAAACUCAUGAGCAACCACAGGACGCUCAAUUUAUUGUCAUUCCUAUUACAAGCACAACUUCAUACACCGGGUUGUCUGACGUCAGUUUAAUCUCUGCAGAGAAAUGCUUCAAACUUCUGGUGAGAGAUGAGCAGCUUCCAAUCGCUCCAACUGACAAACUCACCUCCAUCGUGCUAGAUGAUGAAGAUAGGGCUUUAGCAGAGACAUGCACUUUAAAAGAAUGCAACGCUGAUACAUUCCGUCCUCCUGAUAGCAAACUGCAGGGGAAAGCCCUUGAAGAUGAGGCGCAUGGAAAUAACAAAGCUGGAGCACUGGUGCAGAAUAGUGCCAGUCAAAUCCAAGGAUUGCAGGUCAGUGCAAGGGAAUAUGGGCUCAGCUAUCAGUCUGGUUGCACUUCUGAAAAUCCACUACAUGACACACAGGGCCAAUCUGCCGAAGCUGAAGAAAGUAAUCAGGAGUGGCAAGAGCCUGGAUUAAGAGAGACUAUCCUAUUCAGCGAGGAAGAAGAUAACAGUCUUAUAUCUUUCACUCAUGCCGACACUGAUUCUUUCUUCUCAGACCCACAGCCCUCAGGGAACCCAGCACAGAUUGGUGAAAAUGUUGCUAUAUGUAACCCGGAAACAAAAGAUGAGAAUGGCAUUAGCAUGAACUCCAUUCCUUCUGCCGCUCUAUGUGCUGAGGGAUCAAUUGUUUCUUAUGGUGUCGUGUCAGUCGAUGUGCCAAUUGAGACAGUGAGUCUCGAUGCUGAUGACUUCUGUGGGGCAAAAGGCGAAGAUGCUGCUGGUAAGAUGAUAGCCCAAGCUCAGAGCAAAACCUCUGAUCACACAACAGGGACUCCCAUGCUUGCACAAAUCCAUCAAGGGCCUGCUGAAGGAGAUAAUGAUGCAAGCCCUUUCACUGUAAUUGAACCUGCAAUCUGGAGUGAAACUGACGGGGAGGCAAAAGAGAAGAGCUGCAACUCAGGGAGCGCUCUUGCAGGUGUACAAUUACUUUCACCAGUCUGCAACAUGGAAACACCCCUCCCCUGCUGCUCCGACAUCCGGCUAUCACAGGAGGUUUUAACCCGUAACCAGAAUGGAAAGUCAGAUCACCAGAGGUGUACGCAGCAGGGCAACGAUGGAAAAGAGGACUUAUGGCAGUCAUUCACUGAACCACCGGCUUGUACUAUCAACAACUCUGGCAGCGACGACAGCUGCCACUGGAAAACCAGCCCCAGCAGCCAGCCAGCAAAGCCCCUUCCUCCAGGGGACGGAAGACAAGUCAGCCAUGAUCAGUUGAAGGACCAUAUAAAGACAAAGGAGAACAGACCAGGCAACUGA